AUGUGUAUGUCAGCCAAUUGUCAAGUUUGUGGGGGUAAAACAUGGAGAGGUUGUGGAAAUCAUGUUGCUAGUGCAAUGAGUUCUUACUCAAAGGAUGAAUGGUGCAAAUGUGAGUCAGCUAGUGGUGCUGAGUUGAAUGGAUUUCCGCCAAAACAAGGGGAUGCUAAAUGA